UGUGCCCCCAUAUUUCAAGACGGAGCCAGUGAGGACGCAGGUGCACCUGGAGGGGAAUCGCCUGGUACUUACAUGCAUGGCUGAGGGCAGCUGGCCGCUGGAGUUCAAGUGGCUGCACAACAACAGGGAGCUGACCAAGUUCUCCCUGGAGUACAGGUACAUGAUCUCCAGCCUGGACCGCACCCACGCCGGCUUCUACCGCUGCAUCGUGCGGAACCGGAUGGGGGCGCUACUGCAGCGGCAAACCGAAGUGCAGGUGGCCUAUAUGGGGAGCUUCGAGGAAGGAGAGAAAUACCAAAGUGUCUCCCACGGAGAAGCUGCCGUCAUCCGCGCCCCGCGUAUUGCCAGCUUCCCCCGGCCGCAGGUGACGUGGUUCCGGGAUGGCCGCAAGAUCCCUCCCAGCAGCCGCAUAGCCAUCACGCUGGACAAUACCCUCGUCAUCCUGUCCACUGUGGCUCCCGAUGCCGGUCGCUACUAUGUGCAGGCGGUUAACGACAAGAACGGGGAUAACAAGACCAGCCAACCCAUCACGCUUGCUGUUGGGAAUGUGGGGGGCCCUGCCGACCCCAUCGCUCCCACCAUCAUCAUCCCUCCCAAGAACACCAGCGUGGUAGCCGGGACCUCCGAGGUGACCAUGGAGUGUGUGGCCAAUGCCAGGCCCCUGAUCAAGCUGCACCUGCUCUGGAAGAAGGAUGGGGUGCUGGUGUCGGGUGGCAUCAGCGACUACAACCGCCGGCUCACCAUCACCAACCCCAGCAGCCGCGAUGCUGGCUACUACGAGUGCGAGGCCGUCCUGCGCAGCAGCAGUGUGGCUCCUGUUGUGCGGGGCGCCUACCUCUCCGUGUUGGAACCGCCUCAGUUCACCAAGGAGCCCGAGAGACACAUCACGGCAGAGAUGGAGAAGGUGGUGGACAUCCCUUGCCGAGCUAAAGGCGUGCCAUCACCCUCAAUCACGUGGUACAAGGAUGCAGCUGUGGUGGAGGUGGAAAAGCUGGCCCGCUUCAGGCAGCGCGGGGAUGGGGGCCUGCAGAUCAGCGGCCUGGUGCCCGACGACACUGGCAUGUUUCAAUGCUUCGCCCGCAAUGCGGCUGGCGAGGCGCAAACCUCCACCUACCUGGCCGUCACCAGCAUUGCCCCCAACAUCACCAGGGGGCCCCUUGACAGCACCGUGAUCGACGGCAUGUCGGUGGUGCUGGCGUGCGAGACCUCGGGCGCACCCCGGCCAGCCAUCACGUGGCAGAAAGGGGAGCGCAUCCUAGCCAGUGGCUCCGUGCAGCUGCCCCGCUUCACGCUGCUCGAGUCGGGCAGCCUGCUCGUCAGCCCCACGCACAUCUCGGACGCUGGGACCUACACCUGCUUAGCCACCAACUCACGGGGUGUUGAUGAAGCCUCAGCCGACCUGGUGGUAUGGGCCCGGACCCGUAUCACCAAGCCCCCUCAGGACCAGAGUGUCAUCAAGGGCACCCAGGCGUCCAUGGUGUGCGGAGUGACCCACGACCCCCGCGUGACUAUCAGGUAUGUCUGGGAGAAGGAUGGAGCCACGCUGGCUGCGGACAACAACCCCCGGAUCCGCCUGGACAGAAAUGGCUCCCUGCACAUCUCGCAGACUUGGUCGGGGGACAUCGGCACCUACACCUGCCGGGUGCUCUCGGCCGGGGGCAACGACUCCCGUGGGGCCCACCUGCGUGUCAGGCAACUGCCACAUGCCCCUGAGCGGCCUGUGGCCACCCUCAGCACAGCAGAGAAGCGGGCCGUCAACCUGACCUGGGCCAAGCCCUUCGAUGGCAACAGCCCACUGCUCCGCUACGUUCUGGAGAUGUCUGAGAACAAUGCCCCCUGGACCGUCCUCCUGGCCAACGUGGACCCUGAAGCCACCUCAGUCACCGUCAAGGGUUUGGUUCCCGCUCGCUCCUACCAGUUCCGACUGUGUGCCGUCAAUGACGUGGGAAAAGGCCAGUUCAGCAGGGACACAGAAAGGGUCUCCCUCCCUGAGGAGCCCCCCACCGCACCUCCCCAAAACGUCAUCGCCAGCGGCCGGACCAACCAAUCCAUCAUGAUCCAGUGGCAGCCGCCCCCCGAGAGCCACCAGAACGGGCUGCUCAAAGGUUAUAUCAUCAGGUACUGCCUGGCGGGGCUGCCAGUUGGGUACCAGUUUAAGAACAUCACGGACGCCGACGUCAACAACCUGCUGCUGGAAGACCUCAUCAUCUGGACCAACUACGAGAUCGAGGUGGCUGCCUACAACAGCGCAGGCCUGGGUGUCUACAGCAGCAAGGUCACCGAGUGGACGCUACAAGGAGUGCCCACGGUACCCCCCGGCAACGUGCAUGCAGAAGCCACCAACUCCACCACCAUCCGCUUCACCUGGAACGCCCCCAGCCCCCAGUUCAUCAAUGGCAUCAACCAGGGCUACAAGCUGAUUGCCUGGGAACCGGAACAGGAAGAGGAGGCCACCAUAGUGACCGCCAGGCCCAACUUCCAAGACAGCAUCCACGUGGGCUUCAUGUCCGGCCUGAAGAAGUUCACCGAGUACUUCACCUCCGUACUCUGCUUCACCACCCCGGGAGACGGGCCCCGCAGCACCCCCCAGCUGGUGCGCACCCACGAGGAUGUGCCUGGGCCAGUGGGACACCUGAGCUUCAGUGACAUCCUGGACACCUCGCUGAAGGUCAGCUGGCAGGAGCCAGGCGAGAAGAAUGGCAUCCUCACAGGGUACCGGAUCUCCUGGGAGGAGUACAACAGAACCAACACCCGCGUGACCCACUACCUGCCCAAUGUGACCCUGGAGUACCGCGUCACCGGCCUCACAGCGCUCACCACGUACACCAUCGAGGUGGCCGCCAUGACAUCCAAAGGCCAGGGCCAGGUGUCUGCCUCCACCAUCUCCUCGGGGGUGCCUCCAGAACUCCCAGGGGCCCCCACCAACCUGGGCAUUUCCAACAUCGGUCCUCGUUCCGUGACCUUGCAGUUCAGGCCCGGCUACGAUGGGAAAACCUCCAUCUCCCGCUGGCUGGUGGAAGCCCAGGUGGGUGUGAUCGGGGAGGGAGAGGAGUGGCUCCUGAUCCACCAGCUCGCCAACGAGCCUGAUGCCCGUUCCAUGGAGGUGCCCGACCUGAACCCCUUCACCUAUUACAGCUUCCGCAUGCGCCAGGUCAACAUUGUUGGCACCAGCCCGCCCAGCCAGCCUUCUAGGAAGAUCCAGACUCUGCAGGCGCCUCCUGACAUGGCCCCGGCCAACGUGACACUGCGCACAGCCAGUGAGACCAGCCUGUGGCUCCGUUGGAUGCCCCUCCCAGAGAUGGAAUACAACGGGAACGCCGAUUCCGUGGGAUACAAGAUCAAGUACAGCAGGUCGGAUGGCCACGGCAAGACACUGAGCCACGUGGUGCAGGACCGUGUGGAGCGGGAAUACACCAUCGAGGGCCUUGAGGAGUGGACCGAGUACCGCGUCCAGGUGCAGGCCUUCAACGCCAUCGGGAGCGGGCCUUGGAGCCAGCCGGUGCUGGGCCGGACCCGGGAGUCAGUCCCAUCAUCUGGCCCCACCAAUGUGUCUGCGCUGGCCACCACAUCCAGCAGCAUGCUGGUGCGCUGGAGCCAAGUCCCAGAGGCUGACCGCAAUGGGCUGGUGCUGGGCUACAAGGUGAUGUAUAAGGAGAAGGACUCGGACUCACAGCCCCGGUUCUGGCUGGUGGAAGGCAACUCGUCGCGCAGCGCGCAGCUCACAGGCCUGGGCAAGUACGUGCUGUACCAGGUGCAGGUGCUGGCCUUCACGCGCAUCGGCGACGGCAGCCCCAGCCACCCUCCCAUCCUGGAGCGUACACUGGAUGACGUCCCAGGACCCCCCAUGGGCAUCCUGUUCCCGGAAGUGAGGACCACAUCGGUGAGGCUGAUCUGGCAGCCCCCGGCAGCGCCCAACGGCAUCAUCCUUGCUUACCAAAUCACACACCGGCUCAACACCACCACGGCCAACACCGCCACGGUGGAGGUGCUGGCCCCCAGCGCCCGCCAGUACACGGCCACCGGCCUCAAGCCCGAGUCUGUCUACCUGUUCCGUAUCACGGCCCAGACCCGCAAGGGCUGGGGGGAAGCCGCCGAGGCCCUGGUGGUGACCACGGAAAAGAGAGACCGGCCACAACCUCCUAGCAAGCCCGUGGUGCAGCAGGAGAACGUCCGGGCACGCAGCGUGCUGCUGUCAUGGGAGCCGGGCAGCGACGGGCUGUCCCCUGUACGCUACUACACCGUCCAGACGCGGGAGCUGCCCAGCGGCCCCUGGGCGCUGCACUCGGCCUCCGUGAGCCACAAUGCCUCCACCUUCAUCGUGGACAGGCUCAAGCCCUUCACUUCCUACAAGUUCCGAGUGAAGGCCACCAACGACAUUGGGGACAGCGAGUUCAGCGAGGAGUCGGAGUCGCUGACCACCCUGCAGGCCGCUCCUGACGAAGCCCCCACCAUCCUUUCGGUGAUGCCACACACCACCACCUCUGUGCUAAUCCGCUGGCAGCCGCCAGCCGAGGACAAGAUCAACGGCAUCCUCCUGGGCUUCCGGAUCCGGUAUCGGGAGCUGCUCUACGAGGGUCUGAGGGGCUUCACACUUCGAGGCAUCAACAACCCGGCAGCCAAGUGGGCGGAGCUCACCUACCUGAACAAACACCAACGCUAUGAGAUCCGGAUGAGUGUGUACAAUGCGGUGGGCGAGGGACCCCUCAGUGCUCCCCAGGAGGUCUUUGUUGGGGAAGCCGUCCCCACCGCAGCACCCCGCAGCGUGGCUGUCCACGGUGCCACAGCCACACAGCUAGAUGUGACGUGGGAGCCACCGCCACUGGAAAACCAGAAUGGAGACAUCCAGGGGUAUAAGAUUUACUUCUGGGAGGCUGAGCGGCGGAACCUCACAGAGCGGGUGAAGACGCUCUUCCUAGCCGAGAACAGCGUCAAGCUCAAGAAUCUGACCGGCUACACCACCUACAUGGUCAGCGUGGCAGCCUUCAACGCCGCGGGCGACGGGCCGCUGAGCGCCCCUGCCCGGGGCCAGACCCAGCAAGCAGCCCCAAGUGCUCCCAGCUCAGUCAAGUUCAGUGAGCUGACCACCACAUCCGUGAACGUGUCCUGGGAGGCCCCGCAGUUCCCCAAUGGCAUCCUGGAGGGCUACAGGCUGGUGUACGAACCGUGCACCCCCGUGGAUGGGGUCAGCAAGAUCGUGACCGUGGACGUGAAGGGAAACGGCCCUCUGUGGCUGAAGGUGAAGGACCUGGCAGAGGGCAUGACCUACAGGUUCCGCAUCAGGGCCAAGACCUUCACCUACGGGCCGGAAGUCGAGGCCAACGUCACCACGGGCCCAGGAGAAGGGGCCCCAGGACCUCCGGGAGUGCCCAUCAUCGUGCGGUACAGCUCUGCCAUUGCCAUCCACUGGUCCAGCGGAGACCCCGGCAAAGGGCCCAUCACCCGCUACGUCAUAGAGGCCCGGCCCUCAGAUGAAGGCCUGUGGGACAUCCUCAUCAAAGACAUCCCCAAGGAGGUGAGCUCCUAUACGUUCAGCAUGGACAUCCUGAAGCCGGGGGUGAGCUACGACUUCCGGGUCAUCGCCGUCAACGACUACGGCUUUGGCACCCCCAGCAGCCCAUCCCAGUCCGUGCCAGCCCAGAAAGCUAACCCCUUCUACGAGGAGUGGUGGUUCCUGGUGGUCAUCGCCCUCGUGGGCCUCAUCUUCAUCCUGCUUCUCGUCUUCAUGCUCAUCAUCCGUGGCCAGAGCAAGAAGUACUCCAAGAAGACGGACUCAGGGAACAGUGCCAAGUCUGGAGCCCUGGGCCAUGGGGAGAUGAUGAGCUUGGAUGAAAGCAGUUUCCCUGCCCUGGAACUCAACAACCGACGCCUGUCUGUCAAGAACUCCUUCUGCCGGAAGAAUGGCCUGUACACCAGGUCCCCCCCCAGGCCCAGCCCCGGCAGCCUCCACUACUCAGAUGAAGACGUCACCAAGUACAAUGACCUCAUCCCGGCCGAGAGCAGCAGCCUGACCGAGAAACCCUCGGAAAUCUCCGACUCUCAGGGAAGCGACAGCGAGUACGAGGUCGACCAGAACCCCCAGAAAGCCCACUCCUUCGUCAACCACUACAUCAGUGACCCCACCUAUUAUAAUUCAUGGCGGCGCCAGCGGAAGGACAUUUCGCGGGCCCAGGCUUACAGCUACACCGAGAGCGACUCCGGCGAGCCCGACCACACCGCCGUCGCCAACAGCAACAGCGCUGGCCAACAGGGCAGCCUCUUCCGGCCCAAGGCCAGCCGGACUCCAACGCCCCAGAACGCCCCGAACCCCCCGAGUCAGCAGAGCACCCUCUACCGCCCCCCGAGCAGCCUGGCCCCCGGCUCCCGGGCCCCCAUCGCGGGGUUUUCAUCGUUCGUUUGAUGUCGGCAGAGGAACGAAGGAGGAGCAACGCUGGGACCCACUGCUUCCUGCACCACCUGCCGGAAAGCAAAAUCAACCAAGAACCCAAGUCGACUUUUCACCUCCCAAAUUUAUUUUUCCAGGGAUCCCAGGGCCAGCCAAGCUGGGAGUCCAGGAGGAGGCCAAGACGCAGGUGCUGAAGGGAUGUGUGUGG